AUGUUUUCCAACAAAUUAGGUGUGAACUCCAUUUUGAAGGAUGGUUAUCGUAUUAUGAAAAAUAAUGAGGACACCAUUUUGAAGAACAUAGAAGCAUGUAAAGAGAUAUGUAACAUACUUCAAACAUCUCUAGGACCAAAAUGUAUGAAUAAGUUAAUUAUUAAUCAUAUACAUAAGAAGAUUGUUUCGAGUGAUUGUAUUACCAUAUUAAAUGAUAUGGAAAUAAAUCAUCCUGUUGUUAAUAUAUUAAAGAAAUUAUCUGAAACGAUCAAUUAUGAGUAUGGUGACUUUACGAAUUAUGCAUUUACCAUAACAUGUGAGAUCUUAGAUAAGGCAAGUUUUUUAAUACAACAAGGUUUUAAUAUUAAUGAUAUAUUAAAUGGUUUUGUUUUAGGAUAUAAAGAAAUUGAAAGGGUAUUAGAAGAAAUGAUUGUAUGGAAGGUUCCUAAUUUUUAUGAAGAAAAGGAAUUAAUAAAGGUUUUAAAAUCAGUAAUGCUAACAAAAAACAUAUCUAAUAAUUAUAAUUUUCUUAUACAAUUAUUAGCUAAAUGUAUAUCUACAUUGAUGCCUGAUAAGAUAGAAGAUUUUGAUGUAGAUAAUAUUAGAGUCUCCAAAUUAAACGGUGGUAAUAUAAUUGAUUCUGAAUUCUUAAUGGGUAUGGUAAUAGCAAGAGAAGCAAACGGUAUAAUAAAAAAAAAGGAAAAUGCUAAUGUUAUCGUCUUGAAUUGUGGAUUAGAAGGUCCUACUACAGAAACAAAAGGUACUGUUUUAUUACAUAAUGCUGAAGAAUUAAUUAAUUAUACGAAAGGAGAAGAAUUACAGAUGAAAAAAUAUAUUGAUAAUUUUAAAAAAGCUAAUGUAGAUGUAAUUAUUGUUAAUGGAGCCAUAUCCGAUAUUGCUCAACAUUUUUGUGAUACAAAUAAUAUUAUGACAUUAAAAAUUACAUCAAAAUUUGAAACAUUAAGAAUAUGUAAACUAUUAAAUAUUUCUUCUUUAAUUAAAUUAAACACACCACAACCAGAAGAUAUAGGAAAAGUAUCAUCCAUAUACGUCUCAGAAAUUGCAAGCAAAAAAGUUACUAUUAUUAAUUCCAAAAAUAAAAAAGUAGGUACUAUUAUACUUAGAGGAGCUACAUUUAAUUUGUUAGAUGAAGUGGAAAGAUGUAUACAUGAUGGUAUUAAUUCUAUUAAAAAUGCAAUAAAAGGAAACUCCUUUUUACAUGGUGGUGGUUGUGUAGAAAUACAAUUAUGCUUAGCAUUAAAAAAAUAUGCUAGCCAACUUAAAGGAGUCGAUAAUUAUUGUGUUAAAAUAUUUGCAGAAGCAUUCUGUAUAAUACCAAAAAUUCUUGCACAUAAUGCUGGUUAUAAUACUACAGAUGUAUUAAAUGAACUUAUAAAUGAACAUAAUAAAGGUAAUACAGAUUCAUGUAUUAAUAUUAAUAAAGACUCACAUAUCACGUCUGCUCAAAAUAAUCAUAUAUAUGAUAAUUAUAAUUGUAAAAAAUAUGCAAUACAUCUAGCUAUGGAAGCUGUACAAACCAUCCUAAAAAUUGAUCAAAUUAUUAUGUCAAAACCUGCUGGAGGUCCAAAACCUCGUGAAAAAAACCCUGACUAUGACGAAGCCUUCUAA